UCGGGAACAGCAGUGCCAGCCAUUGUUUCCCACGAUGUUUGCUGAGAAUCUGCGGAUUCCCACGGUGACUCGUGGCGGCCCGAUCAUUGCCGUCGCCAGUCGUCAGUGCAGCGAGUGCACCGCGACGACCGCCGACACGCUGGGCCGCUCGCCAGUCGUCGCCGAGCCGUCUUCGCCGAUGGUGUUGUGUACGGGCAGCGAGUGCCGUUGCGCCUCCCCGAUCAGCAGCCGCCGCUUUCGUUGCACGACCAGCCCGUUGCCACUGGACCACGUCAGGUAGGCGACGCUGCGAUGCUACUCACCGUCCAUCCUACACCACACUCGGUCGGUGCGCGUCACCGGCGGUAGCAUCGGGCGCGUGUUUGGUGGUGCGUGUUGUUGUUGUGCGGUGACGCCGCCAUGAGUGACGUGUAUUUGACCGAGGAACAGUACGCGGGUUACCACCCGUCGCAGAGCAACUACUCGUCUCCGCACGACGACGGCCCCUACGGUGCGGGCAUGGCCGGCUACGGCGACUACGGCCGCGGCAGCGAGUUGCUCAUGGAGUUGGGUGGCCAGCCGGUGGACAUGUCGAGCCCGCCGGCGCGCUACUACAAGGGCGGCGGCGGCGGGGGCCUCUCGGACCAGGAGCCAAGCGCGCUGCUAGGCUCGGUCGCUAAGGGUCCCGGUCCCCCGCCCGCGCCCCAGGGCUCUCCUCACCUGGGUCUUCAGGCGCCCCGGGCGCAGCUGCCUCCGAGUCCCGUCGCGAGUCCCGUGGCCGCGGCCACGGUGGCCGGCGGCGAGAGUCGACUGUCGCGCGACGCGAUGGACCGCUACCUGCGCGAGCGCGGCGACAUGGUCCUGGUCAUCCUGCACGCCAAGGUCGCCCAGAAGUCGUACGGAAACGAGAAGCGGUUCUUCUGCCCGCCUCCGUGCGUCUACCUGCUGGGCGACGGGUGGCAGCGCAAGCGAGACCAGCUGCUGCGCGCGGGCGAAACCGAGCAGGCCGCCCAGCUGUGCGCCUUCAUCGGCAUCGGCAACUCGGACCAGGACAUGCAGCAGCUGGACUUCGGCGGCAAGAACUACUGCGCCGCCAAGACGUUGUUCAUCAGCGACUCGGACAAGCGGAAGCACUUCAUGCUCUCCGUCAAGCUGUUCCACGGCAACGGCGAGGACGUGGGCGUGUUCCAGAGCAAGCGCAUCAAGGUCAUCUCCAAGCCGAGCAAGAAGAAGCAGUCGCUGAAGAACGCCGACCUGUGCAUCGCGUCGGGCACCCGGGUGGCGCUCUUCAACCGGCUGCGCUCGCAGACCGUGAGCACGCGCUACCUGCACGUGGACGGCGGCAACUUCCACGCCAGCUCGAGCCAGUGGGGCGCCUUCACCAUCCACCUGCUGGACGACAACGAGUCCGAGGCCGAGGAGUUCACGGUUCGCGACGGCUACAUCCACUACGGCUCGACCGUCAAGCUGGUCUGCUCGGUGACCGGCAUGGCGCUGCCGCGACUGGUCAUCCGCAAGGUGGACAAGCAGAACGCCUUCCUGGACGCCGACGACCCGGUGUCGCAGCUCCACAAGUGCGCCUUCUACAUGAAGGACACCGAGCGCAUGUACCUCUGCCUGUCGCAGGAGAAGAUCAUCCAGUUCCAGGCGACGCCCUGUCCCAAGGACGUCAACAAGGAGAUGAUCAACGACGGUGCCUCGUGGACCAUCAUCAGCACGGACAAGGCCGAGUACACCUUCUGCGAGGGCGCCGGGCCCGUGCGGGGACCCGUGACGCCCGUGCCCGUGGUCAGCAGCCUGCACUUGAACGGCGGCGGCGACGUGGCCAUGCUCGAGAUCAACGGCGAGAACUUCGCGGCCAAUCUGCGCGUCUGGUUCGGCAACGUCGAGGCCGAGACCAUGUACCGGUGCGCGGAGUGCCUGCUCUGCGUGGUGCCCGACAUAUCGGCCUUCCGCGAAGGCUGGCAGUGGGUGCGGCAGCCCACGCAGGUGCCCGUCUCGCUAGUGCGCUCCGACGGCGUCAUCUACGCGACGGGACUCACCUUCACGUACACGCCCGAGCCCGGACCGCGCCACUCGGGCCCCAGUCCGUACCCGGCCCUGGUGCACGAGAUCUUGAGGCCUGCGAAUGCGCGCACGCACCCGCCGGCACCCGAGGACCACGGCAUAACAGCGGCGCAGGGCUACGGCCAGCACCACGCCAUGGGCCACUACCCGCACCACCAAGGCAUGUCCUGAAGCGCGCUGAACACUCCCCGACCUAUUUAUUUGUGCCUCGUCACGCGGUGACAGGACGUGCGCGGAUCAGACAGGCAGGCCCCCCCACACGCGUCUCUCGCCACGGGGCGCAUCGUGAACAUUGGCGCCGUCGGUGAAACGAGAGAAGUACAGUGCCCUUUAAUUCUGAAAAAUCACUUAGCCGAUGCCAGUAUGUUUUCCUGUACAUGAAUCUCUGUGUCGAUGUUUGCGUAACGAGGCCCAUCCUUUCUUUUUCUCUUAAAGCUUCGUGGGAAGCCGAAGGAAAGGGUGCUUUUGAGCCUGUCAUAUUGCAUAGAAAGGAGAGCUCACAAUUCCUUAAACUUUUUUAGCCUUGGACUCGUUUUGUGCACAUUGUUUGCGGAAUUGUGAAACAUGUCUGCCAUUGUGAUCGUUGAUAAAAGCAUCAGUACUCGUCACUAUCUUUGCUAGCUACACAUUAAUUUCGUGCAAACGUGAAGAGUUUUUAAACAGCCUUGCCAAGCCCUGCAUGAGGGAACCUUUUCUCAGGACAUUGUUGUUUUACCUUUUCAAUCUAUAAUGUGUGGUAUGACUUAGUUUCAAGAAAGUUGUACGAGUACCCAUAUAUCUGUGCGUGGGGAAAUGGGAUGUACACACUUGCAUCAUUUUCUAUUUCUAGUUGCUUCCUAGAAACAUGUCUAUGGAACAAGAUUUAUUUAUUUUUUUGUGUAUGCCUUGAAAAGCGCUGCAAGGGAGUACUAAUUAGGAGGUUUUAUUCGGGUACUUUUUUUUAGGAAUCAGUGCAAAACUCGAAAAUUUUUGUGAGGGUUAUUGCUUUGUAAACACUCUCCUUGUGCUGUUAUGGUUUUUACUGGAAAGGAACAUUCAUUUAUUGGCCAGGAGAGAAAGCUGCAAGGUCACAUUGAACUAGUGAGUUUUCUGUAACGGAGUUCGCAGUGCCUCUCAGGUGCACAUGUAUGCCUGUCCCCAUUCUUCUGGCAUAAAUAUAAGUUGGUAAGACUUGAAAGAGCCCAUUGAGCCAUCUGGUUAUAUAAAAAUUUCUGUGCUGGAAAUAUUUGGAGCCACAGGAAACCCUCAGUUGUGACAGAGAUUUUGUAACCUCCCAGCUUUGUAUUAACCGUAUGCAAUAUUUGCACAGGGGCAUACUUUAAAGAGCUUUUAAAGAGAUAGAAAGUGGGUGCACUUGUGUCUGGCUGUUUAAUGCCGAGUGGUACUGAAUCCCAUUUCAGUAUCUGUAUUUUGUGACCACCACGUGUACGUCAAGUCUUAGAUUGAAUCAAGUGGCAGCAAGACCAACGGAUUUAUUGAAUUGCUCUCUUUAGCAUCUGCUGGCAUAAUUUGCAGAGACCUAGCUGCAUGAGAAACUUCGUUUCAUCUCCUUAGCGCCACAUCUCCCUCCUAUCUUGUAGCAGCUGUUCAGUGGUAUUUCCGGAACUGCUUUAAGCUCUUUCGACACAGAGUUCCUUCCCAGGCUAACUCAUCUUCUUAUUUUACUUGCUCAUCUGCUGCAGCAUUUAACCGCAGACACAAAAAUGUCAUUGCAAUGAACUUUCGGAGCGUUUGUGCUGCUCCUUCCUUUUGCAUUUGUUUGCUCUGCGAUUUCUUACUGUGAACCGAUCCCAUGUGCUUAGAUUUAGUUGCCGUUGAAGUACCGCAGAAUAUAAUUUUCAAUAUUUUUUUUUUGUGAAUGGCAAGCUGGAGACUGCGACAACUGCAACUUUGCCCGAACAUGGCCGGCAUGGGAAGCAAGUGUUUACAGAAUUUAUUGAGUGCCUGUUAAAAUCAAAACUUGCAGCAAACUUCAGAAAUGCUCUGCCUUUUGUCUCCUUUGAAGUAUGUCAGUACUAGUGUAUUUGUACUAGUAUUUGCAGUGUCCCACAUAAGUGUAAUGUGGCCUUAUAAAAUGCACUAGUGCAAUGCUACGAAUGACCUACAGGUGGUACAGUUGUGCUGAAAUGGGAGGGAAAAUGCAUUUGUCUGGCAGAACAAAUUACUCAUCUUCAAUGAGCACGACAACGGAAGACAAGGAAACAUGCAUGAGCACUCAUCAGCUGUUGGCAUAAUGCAAACACCUUACCACCACGAUGAAAAAGAUUGUAUUCAAUCGUAGAAAUGUGCGUAUGUGUGUAUACAUUGGCCACAUAUUUGCAUUAGACAAACAGUUGAUUGACAGUGCUCGUGUUGCGUCUCCUUGUCUUGGUUUAAUUACAGUGGAUGAAAAUGAAGAUUUCCCAACUUGUCUAGAUUUCACAACUUUUAAAGGGCAUUGCAUUUUGUAUGAAUCUACCCUGCCUGCACAGGUUUGAAUCAGUGUAUACAAAAGUUGCUAUCAAAAGGCAAGAGUAUUUCUACAAAGAAUAUUGUGAUGUGAGUUAUGUCCCUGCUGUUUUCCUAUUAGCCUAGAGAUAGUUGCAGCUGUAUCCCUGAAUAUUGUCAAAUCAUGUGCCAGCAAAACUUGCUCAUUUAACAGCAUUAGGGUCGUUUGCACUGAAAAGUGGUUUGCUUAAAAUUUUACUGCUGUCAUUCACUACUGUCAAAUGAUAAAAAACUACUGCACUGAAGUAUGGUGUGAAUACAAGUAGCAUUCUUUCAGUUGCCAUGUUAAAGUAGCAGCUAUGCAUUGAAUUUGAUUUGCAACUAUGUUUUCUAAAGAGGGACAUUUUCAAUGGAAUUACGUAAUUCCCAAAUUUGACCUAUAAAUUAAGAUAUGAGCAGCUUUGGCAAACAACUAUUAUUUAUUAAUGCACUGCCCAAUGCAACGGUAGUUGCACCAAUAAGAAGGGCCCUGUCCAUUUAGACAGUCCUACAUUGCAAUGAUUCCCACGAAGAAUGCUUGUGCAGAAUGGAAAUGAGGGCUGUACUAACAAGAGGCUUUGCAUCUCAAACCUCUGCAUAUGAGAUAAGGCAGAGAACAGGUAACCAACCAUGCAUUAACUGUAACAACUUCAUUCAAUGAAUUGGUUCAAGAAGCAGACAAGAGUUGUUAACUCUAAGAACGUGAAGUUGGGCAUGUUGGUACUCCAUGUUAACACCCAUAGCACACUAAAGGAAGGAGACUGAGAGCACUGCAUUAGCGCUCAGUGCUGUGUCAGUGUUGUGUCUUUUUAUCUUGUUUCUUAUGUGUGCUAUAUUGUUGUUUCCAUUCACAUUUUAGGUCCAAGUGUUUGUUCAUUGAACAUUCAAUGUGCAGGUGUGAAAUAGAAGUGUAUCAUUGUGAGCUCUGGCAGGUAAAUUGUCAAACAAGAGGCCCGCGCAGAAUAAUUUUCUCAUAGCUAUGCAUUAAAACAUUUGGCUCACAGGAUGAAGACACAAAGGUGGCCAGAAAGGUAAUCUUUCUGCUGGUUCAUACGCAGGUGCUCUUUUAGUAUAUUCGCACACAUCUGUUUGCAUUUACCCAAAGGAUUGUUUGCCGUGAAAUCAGUGUCAAUGCGUGCACGGUUUCCGCUAACAUUGAAAUAUCGCUGGACGGUUUCACGCUGUUUUUACUGAGACUGAACAACAGUGAAACUUUGCUUGAUUGCAACUGUUUUUGUGUUAGUUGUGUUCAUCGAAGCAACAAGGUUUUUAUCAACUAGCUGCAUUUUUGUACAAAGGCCAGUGUUAUCAAAGUUGUGGAUAGGAUUUACAAGGUGGAUUUUGCCGCGAUGGUCAGCAUAAUGAAUACAAAACUGUGUCCUGUGCAUCCAGAUCAACAGCAUCCGGGAAGCAGAGUACAACCUCCAACUUUCAAUAACAGCAGUAUUAAGCAUUUUAUGUGGGGAGGAGGGGGGCCAUGUUGCUUGUAAGUGUAUUUUACAAAUAUACUUGCUCUGUGAGUGUUCAAGGAUUCAGAUGGUAUCAGCUUCUCACUUCAUGCCAACACAAGAGAUGUGUCUGCAUGGUAGAUCAGGGCAGUGAUGUGAAGGGGCCAAAGUAUUGAAAUCAAUGUGAGAAGUUCCAUGUGCAGAAAAACUUGUUAUAGGACAGCUCUUAGGAUAGCUGGAAGACUUCUGUUGUCGACUUAUGAAAAACUUGGAAACUAUUUUGCUGAAUCCUUGGUACAGAAGCCGCCUGUGUGCUCAUUUUUUGAUUAAUUAAUUGUGUUGUGGCAGGUUCUGUAUGCGCAUUGAAAUCAAUGCAUUUUUUUUGCUUCUGUCAGUGGCUUAUUAGAGUGUACAGACUCAUUGUCCAUGUCAAAUUUUGCUCAGGACGGGCACCCUACACAUACUUUGUUGUAUCAUAUUGCAUAACCCUAGAAAUGAAAAACAUUGAACUAAGGUUAACACUACAUAAUUGAAAAAGAUGUCUACUUAGCAAGCAAGUGGUCUACAUUUUAUUGUGUACUCAAUUUCAAGCUUAUGGUUAGCAUUUCAGCUCGAACAGAAGAUUUUCUUCUCACUUUCUUUUUGUACUCUGUACUUGAGUUUGAGAUCCUUCCUCAGCAGUGCAUCGAGGUCACUCACAAGAAUCAAUAGUUUAGGCGAAUGGGACAAAUCACUGGGUUUUGCUGUGAACAUCGGGAAGGCUGUAGCAGCUCUAUUCUAGCGUAAUAAUUGCCUCUCUGUGCUGUCAACAUUAUUGGUAUGCAAAAGAAUGUAGUGGCUGUACAUCGCAUGCUGGUUCUGACGCUUAAUAUGUGUAAGAUAGCUUGUCCCUUUCCUUUUCUCUGAUCCGCAUGCAGUGACUGAACACUUGGAAUGCGUAAACUGGAAUGUUUGAAGAUGCUGAGAAGAUUCUCUUUGGGAGUGUGGUAUGCUAAAAGUGGCACAUUAAAGGGUUGUCAUGGCACAAAUAGCUGCGUAUGGGCAAUAUUUUGAAGCGCUGCGAAUGUGUUGUGAAGCGUGUGAGACAUUGGACUUUUUUUUAAAGUACCGUGACGCUAUAAAAACGGACCAGUAUACAAAAGUUGGGUGUCCGAACAAAGUGAGUUAGGUUUCUGUGCGUGAUGUUGCCAUUGUGGGAUGUGAGUGAUGUACCAUUAAGUUGCCAAAGGAAGUUUACUGCUUUUUUAAAAAAAUUUGGUCAAUUUUGAUUUGCACACAAUCUAACAGAUGUACUGCUUUGUUGAAUGUAUGCGUUAAAAAUUUAAGGAGCUGUUAUAGCUGUGAUGGUUUGACAGCUCUAUGCACUAGAAUUCCAAGGGACUGAAAGUUAGUAAUAUACAGGGCGUUACAGAAUAUUGCUGUAGGGGUGCGCUGCCUUAAGUUUUCACUCCACAUGCUGGGCUCAUUUGAAGGUUUCUAUAUUUGCCAGGGUGCACAGUUUGAAAUCUGUGGUGAUAUGGUCGCCAUUUAUAAAUGGAAUUAUUUAGAACGAAAAAAGAAACCCUUUUAAUUUUAUAGGCCUGACUUGGAAAAGGUUAGUGAGCAAUAAUACAUGGGCCUCAACGUGCAAUUAUUUGAAGGGCAACCGUUCACUUGCUUUGUGAUGUUUCUGUCUCGGGCGAAAUAGCAACUGAGCAGUCAUUUGUGGGAUAACAGAUUUUGAUUGGAAGUUCCCAUUUAAUUUCAGGCAUAUCGUGUAGGCCUUCCGUUUAUUUCUGCACAGUGGAACUGAAGGUAGGGUAAUAUGUGGACACUAAAUUAAGAUGCUUGGCUGUAGUAUAAUUAGGAUGCUCGAAAUAUGUUUGUACGGAAACCUAUACUCUUCGGAAAAGGACGCGUGCCUCUGAAAUGUAAUUCGAAAAGAUGUUUUUGCGGCAUUUUGAAGGAUACAGCUUGAGUAUUAGAUUUAUGUGCAACAUUGUAUUUACGUUGAGUCGCUAAAUCCACACUGCGGCGCUGCAGACACUCAAGCGUUGGGGCGCAAAUUGCUGGCAGGCCAAAUUGGUUGUGAAAUCGGCGCUGUGAAAAUGCGAAUCUGUAAUGCUUAGAGAAGUAACAUUCCACCAUGUUUUCUUCAAUAUUGCUUGUGUGUCCGCGUAUGUAUAAAUACUUCCAUUGCGAGCCGGCAGUCGUUUGGAGAUAACGCAAAAGCAGGCACAAUGGACAGAGAAGUGUACAUUAUCGUUUUCUGGUGACAUUGCUGUAUAUUUCGGCUUUCCUCUGUGCUUGCCACUGAUGUGAAAUGGAACUGAUGAAGACAAAUAUAUAUUAUAGAGACUUUUACA